AAAGAGAGAGAGAGAGAGAGAGAGAGAGAGAGAGAGAGAGAGAGAGAGAGGAGAGAGGAGAGAGAGAGUUAGUUCUGGAAAUGGAAUUCAUGUCCUAUAGCUCUAGUGAGCCUAACUUCUCAAAUUUGACACUGGCCAUAUGGACCUGGUGUCUUGUGCCUACUGAAUACAUAUUUCCACCCAGGUACUAGCCAUGCAUUCAUUAAGUUCAUAGCUUGAAAUCAAGGCCCACUUGUUGGAAGCAUUUCCUGAGUUUAUGAGGUAGCACCAACCACCUUGUCUUCUUUGUGUUCCAAUAUUACAAGCAUUGGGAAGACCGACUUGUUGGACAAAAAGUUUAUUUACUUGGGAACUGUAUUUGGAAAUGAAGCUUUGAACAAGAGAACUUUUAAAGGAGGCUACGACAAGCAAUUUGAAUACGAAUUUGAAUACCAGUUUGAAGAUUGGUGUUUGCUAUACCAUGAUAUUUUAACAAGAAAUACAGUACUAACUCACAUACAGCUAUUCAGAUUUUAUAAACUCUUUACCCCUUUCCAGAUGAAAUAAAAUGAUCAGAGAAAGAAACACAAGUAGAGAUCAUAGUCUUGUUAUAUCACUUAUGUGUGUAUGCAUUGCUUGGAGAAUCUUUCCCUGGGAGGAUGUAAACAAAUACAGGGCAGGAGCAAUAAAUCAAAGCAGGACUCCUCAAAGUCCACCUUGGAGUACCUAUAAGUUAAUUUGGCUACUUAGAGAACAUGGCUGAGGAGUUGCUUACAGGAGUGUGGGAGGCCCCAAAACAUCUGCACCACCAGCAAGUUCCACUGCAGCAUGGAAGAGGGCAUAACUUCUCCACGGCUGCAUAGCCGGAGUUCCACAGUCUACAUACCCCAGCCCUUCUGAGACCCGAGGCUGCCUGCAAUUGGACAGCGUUACAUACAGAUUGCCAAAGGGACAGGAGGGAGUAACAUUAUUUUCACUGCAGGGAGAUCUUACUAAGCAAGUGGAGUUUCCUGAGAUUAAGGACAAACUUGGAUUCCUUAAACAUUAUUAUAGACAAAGCAGAUUUUCAAACAAACCAUACCCAGGACUAAUGAGGAAAAAGAUAAAUUUGACCCAAAUUCUUUUCUACGGUUGAGUAUAUGUGACCACAAUGGCCACAAGAGGUAUCACCCACAAGGACACCAGCAUGAGUAAAAGAUUCAGGUGCAGAUGGCACGGUCAGUCCGUCAUCUGAAGAAGAAAAACCAAAGCUCACACCUGGGACAGAUUUCAGCAACUAGUUAAUAAACACCACCUUGCUGUGUUGCUGCGUGUUGUACUUUCCCAUUACAGAUUCACAGUCCGCUCUGAAGGAGUAAGUUAAACUUUCAUAAGUUCAGAAAUAAACGUAUUUUUCUUGUUUCCACGUCAGAUAUUGGGCAUAUUCCAGUCACUUCCCGCCAUAAAUCAUCAAUAAAAAGUUUUAUUUUUACAGAAGCAUUAUUUACUUACUAUACACUAUUUGUUUACUAUGUAAAUAAGGGCAAGGAAAAAAAAUGGAGCCGGGACACUACAACCACUGCCCAUCACAAAUAGACUUCAGGUUUUGAUUUUAAAGACAGGGUCGUCAGGGAGGUAGCGUAGGCUGGCUUUGAACUGGGUACACAGAUGAGGAUUAAGUUCCUGAUCCUCUAUCUCUCAAGCGCUGAAAUUGCAGACGUGUACCAUCAUGCCCAGUUUCUUUGCAGACCUUUAAAUCUGAAAGCGCUAUAUUCUGUUUUGCAACUGACGCCUGCUAACAAAUACUCUCGGCGUCUUUGCACAUUACGAAACAGUCACCCGCAGCAUUGUUUUCAGUGGCUGCGUGGCAUUUGGAUGAUCUGUUCAAACGACCUCGGUUUCAUGAGUUCUAUUCGCUGCUUUCCUCCCAGAUACCGGGGAGGCCUGACUGAGGCUACAGCGUUUUUGUCUUCCUCGGAGUGUCCCGAGGAAAUGACUCCAUCCCUUUUCUGGCAACACCGACACAUCUGUGUGUCAUCGCUGUGUCUCAACUAGAGGCAGCUGAGAGGCGAGCUCACAACCCCGGAGCCCGGCGGAAGUCCUGGGCUUGUCCGACCUCUGACACCAGGCGCCCGUAUCCGGGCGGAAAUGCAUCUGUGGGCCAGUGUGCACAUGCGCAUAAGGUGGGCGCCGGCAGGUCUUGUUUCAGGAAUAAAUGUGUUUCUGAUCUUGUGAAUUUCAACCAUGUUAUCCAACGGCUUACAAAAAUUUCUAAAAGCCGCAGUCUCUCCUCCACAUCCAGCGUCAUGCUGUUGGUUAAUAAGCACACGCCAGUCUUCUGGAGCUCUGCCAGCAGCCACGUUGCGUAGGCGAGUUGUCAUCACAGGCAUCGGGCUGGUGACCCCACUUGGUGUUGGCACUCAGCUAGUUUGGGAUCGGCUUCUCCGAGGAGAAAGUGGGAUUGUUUCUGUAGUUGGUGAAGAGUACAAGAGUAUUCCUUGCAGUGUGGCUGCUUAUGUGCCAAGAGGUACUGAGGAAGGCCAGUUCAAUGAACAGAACUUUGUGUCCAAAUCGGACACGAAGUCCAUGUCAUCUCCCACCAUCAUGGCCAUCGGGGCAGCAGAGUUGGCCCUGAAAGACUCCGGCUGGCAUCCGAAGUUAGAAGCAGAUCAGGUGGCUACUGGUGUUGCCAUUGGCAUGGGCAUGGUUCCUCUUGAAGUUGUUUCCGAAACGGCUUUGAUGUUUCAGACCAAAGGUUAUAAUAAAGUCAGCCCGUUCUUUGUCCCUAAGAUUCUGAUCAAUAUGGCUGCGGGACAGGUCAGCAUUCGCUAUAAACUCAAAGGCCCCAAUCACGCAGUGUCCACAGCCUGCACAACAGGAGCGCAUGCAGUGGGAGACUCCUUCAGAUUUAUAGCCCACGGUGAUGCAGAUGUGAUGGUGGCUGGGGGCACAGAUGCUUGCAUUAGUCCAUUAUCUCUUGCUGGGUUUUCUAGAGCCCGGGCUCUGAGCACAAACCCGGAUCCCAAGCUGGCCUGCCGACCGUUUCAUCCAGAGAGAGAUGGUUUUGUCAUGGGUGAGGGCGCUGCUGUGCUGGUGCUAGAAGAACAUGAGCAUGCUCUUCAGAGAGGUGCCCGGAUCUAUGCAGAAGUUCUGGGCUAUGGACUGUCAGGGGAUGCUGGUCACAUAACAGCCCCUGAUGCUGAAGGAGAAGGUGCCUUCAGAUGCAUGGCUGCUGCUGUAAAAGAUGCAGGUGUGUUGCCUGAACAGAUAUCCUAUGUCAACGCACACGCCACCUCCACACCACUGGGUGAUGCUGCUGAAAACAGAGCCAUCAAGAGGCUCUUUGGAGAUCACGCCGGUGCCCUUGCUGUAUCCUCCACAAAGGGAGCCACCGGGCAUCUGCUGGGGGCUGCAGGGGCGGCUGAGGCAGCUUUUACCGCACUGGCUUGUUAUCAUCAAAAACUACCACCGACUUUAAACCUGGAUUGUACAGAGCCAGAAUUUGAUCUCAAUUACGUUCCACUGGAGGCGCAGGAAUGGAAAACCGAGGGUCGGCGUAUUGGACUCACCAAUUCCUUUGGGUUUGGUGGUACUAACGCAACACUUUGUAUUGCGGGCAUGUGAACAUUGGCUUUUAAUUGUCAUAAAUGUAUAAACGAUAUGCACAUACAUGUUUAAUAUCAAUGAUCAAAUGUCUUUAACACAA